GUGUUCUGUGUUUUGGUUUCCUACUGACCCAAAUGUAUCCGGGUAACAUGAAAUAAGUCGGACACAUAUGACUGAAGAGAACAAUAAAAGCAGGGUGGGAGAAAAACUGAGUGUAAUCUGUGUGUGAACAAGUGAGCGGGCGAUUCAGCUGUUUUUUUUUCCUCUGCAUGCACUCAGGACUGAGGAAGAAACAAGUGAGGGAGAGUGUAUAUAAUCUUGUGUAUCUGAGUAGGAGAGCUCGAGAGUAAGACAGAGGGAGACAGAGGGAGAGAGCUUUAGCCUGGCUUUUCUCUGCUGUGCUUUUCAGCUCCUCUCUCACUGUAGAAAGAGGCGUGUCCAUGGACCAGUAUAAAGUCCAAGGAGAGCCACUCAUGUUGAGCCAUUCUCAGGAGCGAGUCCUUUACACUGCACACAAGCAAGAGGAGGAAACUGCAGCUGUUACUUAAAACGCUGCCUUUUGAUGACCUGCUUUGCAUUUGGACACUUGUAAACCAGAUUUUUUUGGUGCUUCAUUAGAGGGCGGGCGAGCCUCUGGACUCGAGGACAGAGCACCUGAACACAGUGGUGGAUAUCCUUCCUGCAACUGUUCAUUCCAACAUAACAAAAACUAGUUCUUAUCACUAGUACAUUCGCCAGCUGAGCAGAUCUCGAGCAGGCUCCAAUUUCUGCGCUGUGAAAUUGAAUCAGAGGAACGGAGAGGCAAUACAGCAGAGGCAUUGUGUCCCUGCAAUUGAAACACUAACCAGCUGAAAAUAUCAAAGACCAUCCUGGACAAAGCGUUCCUCUCAAGCCUCCCUUGUUGGUCUAAAAUCUGCUGUUGAAGUUGAAAGUGAUCAAAAGCUGCACAACACUCAGAGGAGAGGGAAGCAAAGGGGAGCAUACACAAGGGCAAAGGAUUAAGUGCAGGUGCCGGGGCUGCCAUGGUGCGUAGAGGUGGCGUGGCAGUAGCUCCGUCCUGCUGGGGCCUUUGGGCAUUUGGCGCCUUGUCUCUGGUGGCACUAUGCUUGUCGGACCAGGCCAUCCGCUGCCCGGUGUGCUCCGAGGAGAGGUUGGCCAGCUGCCGUUUACCGGAAGGAUGUGAGGAGACGGUGCGGGAGCCCGGCUGCGGCUGCUGCCCCACCUGCGCCCUGCCAAAAGGGGCUCAUUGUGGCGUCUACUCACCCCGAUGUGGCACGGGCCUCCGCUGCUACCCGCCGCGCGGUGUGGAGAGGCCACUCCACUCGCUCAUGCACGGCCAGGGAGUGUGCACUGAUGAGAGAGAGGUGGAGGAGAACUCAGAGAGGCAGGAUGAAGUCAUCCUUGAACAUCCCAACAACAGCAAUAUCCGGUGCAGUCCACAGGACAAGAGGUGCAUUCAGAAGACCCUGGCCCGACACCCUCCAAAAUCCACAAAUCAGAGAAGCAACAAUGCCAGGGAGGAGACCAAGGCGGCGCUGGCUCCAUGUCGCGCUGAGCUACAGAGAGCGUUGGACAGAUUGGCAUCCAAUACCCGCACACAUGAUGAUCUCUUCACCAUCCCCAUACCCAACUGUGACAAGAACGGAGAUUUCCACGCUAAACAGUGUCAUCCUGCACGUGACGGCCAGCGGGGAAAAUGCUGGUGUGUAGAUCAGAAGUCGGGCAUGAGGCUGCCAGGCCCGCUGGAGCUGCGAGGGGAUUUGGACUGCCACCAGUUAAUGACUGCUACCCUGAGGGAUUGAGGAGUGGAGUGGCAGUGGAGGCGGGGUGCAGGACCACCUGAAUUCUACUGGUGCUUAUUAGUAGAACUACAUGAGGAAAGGACUUUGCUCUAAAGCCUCGCUUCACCUGAGGCCAACGGUACUUGAGCCUGCGCAACAAAAAGGAAACCAUUGAAUUGAGUUCUUUUGCUAUUUUGUUUCUGUGUGUGAGAGUAUGUUAUCUCUGAGUCUUUUGAGCACUUGUUGUGUAUUGUUUCUACUAUGUGAACUGGAGACUGAUAGUCUUUAGACACAUGCGCUUUAAAGUUACAGGUGGCGGAAAAAAAAAACUUCCACAGAUAACAGUUGUAGUUGUGAUCUUUGUUAGAGAGCAAAAUGUGUUGUUUCCUCUAGUCAAUCUUCAGUAGAGGUUAGAGUGGUCAGUACAGUCAGACGUUGUAUCAACCACACCAGAUAAUUAGAGCGGAGAUACAACAGGAGCUGUUAGCAUUUGUUUUAUUCUCUCUCGAUCACUAGCUCAGUUGCAAUUACUGCAUCAGGACAAUCCAGAAGGAUUAUCAAGCAAAGGAUUGUGUACUAGUUUUAAUUGGUUGUAACGUGUGAUUCUUAUUCUACUGUCCUAUAUGUUGUACACCCCAACCACCUGGUAAGUAGGUUAAAACAAACUACAAAAUGUGUUUGCAAGCACAAAGUGUAGUUCAGUGACAACACAACAGUAGCAAUAUAAUACGGGAUGAGAACAGAUUAAAAAAAGAAAAAGGGAAAAGAAAGGAAUGCAACAAUCCCCAGCCUUGAGUUACCAAAUGAUAAGCCAUAGCUUUCCACAACAUCAAGACCAAAGUGAAAAGUGAGAUUAGUUUGGAGAAGUGUAUCUCUGAAAGACCAGAAAAGAUUUGCUUCGUCGCCCCGUGGUUAACUCUGCUUCUUCUCUUUGCUCACGAGCUCUCCCUAGCAUCGUGAUCCAGAGGGACUGGCAGCAUAGCAGAGCUAGAAACUCUGCACACUGCUGAUAGGAUAAUCUUAUUUCUCCAGCUGGUGCUAAGAUGCCAGCGUGACUUUCAUGUUUGUAUGAAUAUGCUUCAACAUACAGGAUUUCUUUCCAAACAGACUGCUUGGCAGAACUUUGUGGUGCUAUAUACUGAUUGUGCCAAAAUACAAAAGAAAAAUGGCUUCUGCACUUUCUGGGCAUUGUUUAGGAUUGGAACAGGAAGUGGAGUGAUUAGCAUCAGCAAGUGUGAGGAUCACCUAAAUGUGUGACCAUCUGGACUAGCUAUUGGCAAAGGCUGCUUUCAAUGUGUGUUUUCAAUGUUAUUGUUAAAAUAUAAAAGGAACAUCCCACAUUGGUGCUGCACUAUCACUGCAGCUGAAAGUUUCACUGACCAGUGUUGUAAAUCGCAGGUGUGGUGUGUUAAAUAUACAAACAGUGUAAUAAGUUUAAAUGAUUAAGCUCCUGGCAGCAUAGCAACUCCUAGUUAACAUAAAGCUUUGAAUGGAGGUGAUGUAGCAGUAAAGACAACAUAAAGAUUAUGUGGAAACCAGAAUUUUCUCUUUUAAUCUGAAAAAGUUAAGUUUUCAGUUUUCAUACCAUCUGUACGGCAUCACACUAAUGUUUUAUAAUCAAUGCAAGUGACAUAGCUACUCGUCAGAUAUUUUCGAAACUGUAGGGAAGACUGAUAAUAUUGUAAGAGCAAUUAUGUUGUGCUGGUAGUGUGCAUUAUGAGUUCAGGGCAGAGCAGCAGGUUUAAGCUAAUGCUGGUGUUUGUCACCACCUGAUAUGGACAGCCUGCUCUAUCUAUUCCCUGGGAGACUUUGCUUGUACUAAUUCAUUUUGUGUGGAUGGACGGCUAUUAUUAAGGUUGCUAUCCUACGUAGAACAGAACAAAUGUCAACCUAACAAAUCACUGGUGUAUUAAUUACAGUGAAAUAAUCUAUGGGAUCCUGAGUGGCAAGUGAGAAAAAAAAACAUUCUGGUCAUCCAUUUUUCUAAGUCUGAUCUAAAAUGUUUUUUCUCUUGUGUUUAUGAUUUAAGAAAAAGUGAGUUAAGAAUAGGCUGGAUUCCACCCUCUCAUGGCCAAAAUGAGUAUAACGAAAAAAAUAUAUAUAUACAUUUUCACCUGCCAAAACCUUUUAACCUAACAAGUUUUGACAGAUGAAAAAUGAUGCUGGUCUUUUAACCAGGAGACCAGUGUUUGUGACUUGUUGGAAGUUAUGACUGGAAGUAGUGUAUUUCAGGCCUAAACGUGUUAUUUUUCCCUAACAUUAUGGGUUCAAUCCCUACAACCUGAACGGUUUUACAGUAUUGCGACGUACUUUUCAACAGUGCUCGUCACAAUGUGUUGCGGUCAGAAACUUGUUAGAAACACCACCUGUUCCAUGUUGGUUUGGUACCACUUUUUUACAGCAGUAACAAUGUGUUUAGAAUAGCGAUCACAUUUUGGAAAUCAAAAGAUUUGCACUGCAAAAGUUGAUGACAAUACACUGUCUUGAGUCAUAAACAUACUGUAGGAGAGGAGACCAUUUUGAUCAGACUUAUAAAAUGGAAUAACAGAAUUUUUGUUCUUACUUGCUUCUCAGGGCUUCAAUAAAAUCAGAUAAAAAAUCAGAUAUUUUUCAAAGAAAAAAAAAAGAAUAUAAUAAGACAGAUACUCACAGCUACUGUCAAACAAUGGAUUAUUGUUUUUUUUCAGUGUAUCCACAAUCCGAUUUUACCUCAACGUCAGGUAAGCUUAUAAUAGCCCUACUGAGUACCACACAGAAAUUAAAAGGGGCCAUGAAAACUUUUAGUUAUAAUACAUUUUUUUGCACAUUUUGCCAUAUUGAAUUUGGCCAUUUAAAAAACAAAAAUGCAGUAGGAUGCAUGAAUAAAUAGCGAGAAAAGUCAGAUCGUCUGGUUUUGGUGCUUCUCUCAUUUGGUUAUUGUGCAAGAUGUUAAAACAUAGAACCUUCAGGUUUGAUAAGUAGUUACUUGCUCCCAGUAAUCUCAACCCAGCUAACUGGGGACAGUUGAUAUUAGUCAGCCCAUACACAAAAUGAAUCAGGCAAAUCCUCAGUCACAUCAUAAGGGACAAUAUUUGUCUUAUUCAUUUUUAUGUAUCUUUAGUACAUCCUGAAGAGGGUGAAAUUCUGGAAAACUAUCUGUCUUCUAUUUGUACACUUGAAAACGUGGAGGGUGUGUUUUAGUGCACUUUGUCUUCAAUCAUUUUUCUACAAAACUCGCUUGAAAUUGGAAUUAAAAAAACAUACAGAAAUUGACAAUUAAUUUUCAAUAGAUUCACAACCUAUGUGGUAAGUCAUAAUAAAAAAAUGAAAAUCAUUUAAUUUGUAUCUUCUUUUCUUGUCUCUGUGUUGGCCUCAUAUAUAUCAGUCAGGAUUCCGAGGUUUUGGUUCCAAGUUACUAAGGACACUACAUACUGCGCAUAAUUUAAUCUAAUCACUGAAGCCAGCAGUCACUUAGCUGGAAACAGUGUAUCGCCACCUGAUGCCCACUUCUACUUGUCACUAAAGAAAGAAAUGUAUCCAAAGGUAGCUUAUCAAAACCCAGACAGAUAGAUGGAAGAUGGUCGAGAAUUGUUGAUACAGCUUAAAAAUGUCAAACACCAAAUAUCCUAAAACUUGUUCCAAAGAUUACAAGCAAAGUAUCUGGAGACACCAAUACUCAUUCAGUGAACUGCAUGCACACAAGAAACGUUCCAGCAAAAUCCUUUUUUACAUCAUCUUAUCAUUCAUCAACUAAUGAAGUGUUACUAAACACACUUCGUGAUAAUCUUUGAGACGGAUGGAAAGUGGUUUUGGCUUUGACUUUGUAAAGGCCUUCUUACUACAUAAACUGUAUUUAAGCUAUAAUACAUUGCUUGAUCUCUAACUUUGCUGUACUGAACUGUAAUUGCAUUUCUCGAGAAUAGACUGUUCCUGUUUGCCUUUGAUAUUAUAUAUUAAUGUGUAGAAGAUAUGAAGUAAUGUUUGCAUGCAUACAAAUGGACUGGGGUUGGAAACAGCUUCGGCCUUGUGUAUCUUGUCCAGAACGGGACUGUUAUACUAAAACACUGAAGUGAUCAAAGAGCUGAAAUAUAGAGUUUCAACCAAUUAAAUGAUCAGCUA